GCGAAAUCCGUGAAAAGGAGGGAAAGUUUCGAUAUUUGUACGCCCACCGUUCGCAUGUUCGUCUUCUUCUUCAUCGUGCUCUGUCUCUCCUUCCAGAUCUAAGGGCAGGACCUUCUCUGCCUUCCCUUCUCUGACUUUUCUGGCUAUUCUUCUGUUGCUUGUUGAUCUGAGACGAGGGUGCCAAGGAGUAGAGAGAGUAGAAACGGGAAAAAGAUGGCGGUAACCGUGACACCAUCCGCGAUCUCAACCAUCCUUUCAAGCCCCACGCCGGAUUCGCCCUCAUCCAUCCCAGAUCUCGUCAUCCAAAUCGUCGAUCUCAAGCCAGUCGGGACCAGCAACACUCGAUUCACAUUUAUGGCGAAUGAUGGAUCGAUGAAGCUGAAGGCGAUGCUGCCGACCUCGAUUUCUUCUGAAGUUCAGUCCGGGGAACUCCAGAAUCUGGGGCUGAUUCGGAUUAUUGACUACACCUGCAACGCGGUGCCCAAUCAACCCCAAAAAGUGUUGAUAGUAACAAAAUGCGAGGUGGCAUCUCCACCGCUUGAAGAGGAGGUGAAGACUAAGGUGAAAUUGGAAGAAGAAACGGGCAUAAUUUUGAGACCAAAGGAAGAAACGGGCAUAGUUUUGAAGCCAAAGCUUGAAGCUAACGCAAAGUCUGCUGCUCAAAUUAUUAGAGAACAUCAUGAAAAUGCCCCUCCCACCUCUCGAAUGGCUAUGACAAGAAGGGUUCAUCCUUUGGUUUCACUAAAUCCAUAUCAAGGGAAUUGGACUAUAAAGGUUCGGGUCACUGACAAAGGCAUCAUGCGCUCGUACAAGAACGUGAGAGGCGAAGGAAGUCUGUUCAAUGUGGAGCUGACAGAUGAAGAUGGAACACAGAUUCGGGCAACCAUGUUCAACGAAGCUGCAAAAAAGUUCUAUCCUAAGUUUGAGUUGGGAAAAGUGUAUUACAUUUCCAGGGGAACUCUUAAACUUGCCAAUAGACAAUUUAAAACUGUUCCAAAUGAUUAUGAGAUGACCUUGAAUGAGAACUCAGAAGUUGAAGAAGCCGCUGGUGAGGGGAUCUCUAUCCCAGAGGUGAAAUUCAACUUCACCAAAAUUGAUCAAUUGAGUCAAUACAUUAACGGUAGAGAACUUAUAGAUGUUAUUGGGGUGGUUCAACACGUUUCAAGUACUCUUAGCAUUCGAAGGAAAAGUGACAAUAAAGACAUCCCAAAGCGUGACAUCACUAUUGCAGAUGAAUCGAAGCGCACAGUUGUUGUCUCACUAUGGAACGAUCAUGCUACAAAAGUUGGACAAGAGCUUCUUGAUAUGGUAGAUACUGCUCCAGUGGUAGCAAUCAAGAGCCUCAAAGUAGGUGAUUUUCAAGGAGUUUCUCUUUCUACAUUGAUCACGAGUACAGUAGUCAUAAAUCCUGACACUUCUGAAGCAAAGAAGUUGAGGUCCUGGUACGAUUCUGAAGGUAAACAGUCAUCCAUGGCUUCUGUUGGGUCUGGCAUGAUCUCAUCAAAGACAGGAUCAAGAUCAAUGUACUCCGACAGAGUGUCUCUUUCUCAUAUUGUUGGGGACACAUCCUUGGGGCAGGAUAAGCCGGCAUGGUUCAGUAUUAUAGGGUAUAUAAGCUUCAUCAAGCCUGACCAGACAAUGUGGUACCGUGCAUGCAAAACAUGUAACAAGAAGGUUACAGAAGCAAUUGGGUCUGGUUAUUGGUGUGAAGGAUGCCAAAAGAAUGAUGUGGAGAGCUCUUUGAGGUAUAUAAUGGUUGUGAGAGUUACCGACUCAUCUGGGGAAGCGUAUGUUUCUACUUUCAACGAACAAGCAGAAAAAAUUAUUGGUUGCACAGCGGACGAACUAGAAAUGAUCAAAUCAGAGGAUGAGAAAUCCUAUCAAAGCAAAUUGAAGGAAGCCACAUGGAUGCCUCAUCUUUUCCGAGUAAGUGUUGUGCAAUCAGAGUACAUGAACGAGAAAAGGCAGAGGAUCACGGUGAGAGCUGAAGCUCCAGUUGAUUGGGCAGCUGAAACGAAGCACCUUUUGGAGAAAAUAUCAAAGUCUAACUAAUUUUUAAAUUUCUUUCUUACGUUCACGCUUAUCUGUUUUCUGUCUCGUCAUUUUGUUUUUUGGCCUUUCACCUCAAAACCGGGGAGGUUGUAUUACAUAGAAAAGUAGCAUGUUAAAAUUUCACAAAUUAGUAUUGUAUAUAUGUUUCUAGCCGGUGUGAUCCGAACUUACCACUUUUUCUCUUAUAGAUUCUCGUUUUACUCAA